GAAGCUAGAAACAAUGAUAAUGGGCGGGCACCUCAUUCAGCUUGGAGAAAUUAUGAUGAUUUCAAUGAGUACUUUUGGUCACUUAAUUGCUUUGAACUUAGUUGGCCAUGGAGAAUAACUUCACCCUUCUAUUUAAAGCCGACACCAAGAUCAAAGAUAUUUUGCAUUUUGGCUUGCUGUUUUGGGAGGCAAAUUUAGUUUUGCUUAUUUUCUACUAAUUAAGCCCUUGGUGAGUCCCACAAGGUUUGUGGUUGGAAUGGAUAUUCAGCAGUACUCGUGGCAUGAUUUUGUUUCCAAAAUGGGUGGAAUGAUGUACUACCGAAAAGCUCUCAUGCUUCAAGCAUAUUUGGAAAGUGUGGCAGCUCAAGAUUCUGAGGCUGCAACUUCACAGAGCAAAGCAACUGAUACCCAAGGUUUUGAGUUGUCUCUUCAAGCAAGAGCUCAAGUAGAUCUCAAAUUUACCUAUGUAGUUACCUGCCAAAUAUAUGGGAAACAGAAAGAGAAGCAAAAGCAUGAGGCUGCGGAUAUUGCAUUACUAAUGCAAAGGUGAUCAAAUGGCAAUCUCUUUUAUUUAGAAAUUAAUUGAUGAGGCUGCGGAUAUUGCAUUACUAAUGCAAAGGUGAUCAAAAGCAACUGAUACCCAAGGUUUUACUCUUAAAAGAUUACGAAAAUAAGUAACACGGAAUUUCUUUUGGAACGGAGAAAAAAGGCAAACAGGCUAUUUAAAAUGGGACGGAGGGAGUAAUAUUUUUCUUUGUUUUAAUUCUAUUUAUGUCGGUUAGAAUGUUGCCGCCAGCACUGAAUUUUCGUUCAACUGCUACGGUUGAUACUGGGACGGACAACACUUGUCUUGCUAGCAUGCCGAGACAUGGGAACAUGUGUUCGUUCCGCUUCCACCAUCCGAGCACGUCAAAAUCGACAUCGUCGUCAUCGUAAUCGCAUGGCACACCCUGGUACAUAGCAAGUUCGUUGUGCGAGCUUACUGUUGUACCACUUGAACUCGUCGAAGACUGGGCACGUUUCCCUUUCUUUGCAAGAAGNCCACCGACUAUGCCGGCAAAACCUUUUUUUGAUUUCGGGGGCGGAGGUGGUGCUGUUUCUUCUUGUACAGUACCGUAUAACCCUUGAUAUUCCUUAAACAAAUCCUCAAAAAGAGUUAUAGCAUUAUCUCUUUCAUUUUUCCAUUCUACUAAAUAGCUGUAGUAAUAACUAUUUUUAUCUAAAAAACAACUGUAGUAAUACUCAAUUAGAAUUUUAAAAUUUUCAAUCUUAAAUCGUGGAUCACAAAUAAUACCUAUUUUAUAAAUAUCAGGAAUGUACAAAUAAUAAGUACACCAUUUAUCUCUCAUAGGAGAGACAUAAGGGUACAAAUCUGGAUCAGCCAUACUUUCACGAAAACAUGUUGUGAUUGUAAUGCACUCUUUAAAAAAUGUAUUUGUAGUUGGUUGGUAAACAUGGGAAAAAGUAAGAGUUGCGUUAUUAAAAACUUCUAAUACGGCAUUCAAUUUUUCAACAAUAACAAAUUCAAAAGGAUUAAUGAUUAUACGAAGUUCAUCCCUAAAAAAUUCAGCAAGUUCCUCUUUAUAUCUUAGGAUUUGUGCAAUCAAUUUGUAAGUAUUAU